AUGUAUCCAACUAUUCAUGAUGGUGACCUCAUAAUUGCUGAGCGUUUUAGUACGUUUAAAAAAACGAUAAAUUAUUUAAAAAGUGUUUUAAUGUUUCUAGGCAUUCAGAAUGCGAGUGUAAAGAAAGGAGAUAUCGUAGGGUGCCUGAAUCCAUUCAAAUCUCAAGAACUUCUGUGCAAACGCGUCUCAGCAAAAGUGGGUUGUUGUGUCAGACCUUGAGAGAUCAACUCAACUCAAGUUGCGCAGGGUGGUGAAUUCGUUGAAUCGGAAUUGCUGUCGAACAAGCGCGUGCCCCCUGGCCAUGUCUUUUUGAGAGGAGACAAUGCAGCGGCUUCCACUGAUUCCCGCCAUUUUGGUCCAGUCCCCGAAGGCCUCGUACAGAUUCGUUUAGCGCUAAGAAUAUGGCCGCUCAAUAGGUGAGGCGUAAGAAGUUGAACUAUAAUAGUGUGGGAACUUUAAUUCAGAUUUGGAUGGAUUAGCCGACGCGACGAGAGUGAUUUCGUAAUUUAA